GCCUGCGCACUGACGUCAUCGCACAAACAUGGAAGUCUGUGCUGUUCCGUCAAUGCCGCGAAAAAUAUAACUGUGGCAGACUAGAGAGAUAGAUCAUUGCUAUGGCUGAGAAAUGCCCAAAGUCAAAACUAAAAAGAAAGAAAUUGUCUAUCGAGGAGCCCCUAACUGAUAUAUUUUUCAGGAACACGCUGAUAAAGAACAACGAAAGUUCCAGUGCAUCGAUUGAAAGCUUGAGUUCAACGAGACCUGUGGUCCCUACAGAGACGUGGUGGUCCAGAGAUGACCUGGCUGCAGUUGAGAGUCUCUGGGCCCUGGCUCUGAGCUCUGCUCUUCCCUGUCUGGACGCUCACCCCUGGGACCCAGUCCCUGACCUUCCAACAGCCUCCACACUGGUGAGUUAUUCAGCCUCCACACUGAGCUCUAAUGUAGACCAGCAGAUUGAAUGGAGAUGGUGUAGCCUCAGUGAGGACAUGACUCCCUUGCCCUCCUCUCCCUCUCCUCCUCUGAGUACUCUCACGGCCCCGCACUGUUCCACCACAGACUCUCCUCUCAAUCCUUCUCUUGGGCUGGAAAAGACUCUCCUCCCAGUCCCAGUACAGACUAGCCAGACAACAUCCACCAUCAAUGGCCCUCCUUCGAAGUCUGCUCCCUGUCUUGAGGGGCCCGGAGAGGGGACCAGUAGUAGUGGUGCUGGCCGCCCCAGACCACCAAGUCUGGGAGCCCAAGUGCCUUCUAGCUACGGAAGGGGAGGCCCGUGGAGUGGAGAGGGGAAUAGCAGAGUGUCAUCCAGAAAGGACACAAAACGAGGGGAAGGAGGGCAAAACACUGCAGCGGCCAGACCCCACCCUACAGCCAGGCGACCAGGAGGAGAGAAGGAGAGUCAUCCCUCUACUCCUCAGCCCUUCAUCAUCAGAGCAGGGAACGGAGGAUCAUCAUUACCAGCAGAAGCAAGAAAGGGUGGAGGAGGAGUAGGAGAGGAGGGCGAGAAGAGGGGGAUGAAGAGGCUGCAGCUACCUGCAAACCAGGUGGACGCCACGUCCUCUACCUCUGACAGCUGCACUGCUGCUCCCAUGGAGGAGGAGGGGGAGGUGGAGAAAAGGGAGGAGGAGGUGUCUGGGAUGGGCAGAGCUGAUUGGGUUGCUGGCAAAGGAGGAGGAGGAAAGUCAAUGCAGAGCUGCCCCAUGUGCCUGGUGCCGUUCCCAGCUGGGUUCACUCAGAUGGACUGUGACAGCCACCUGGCCAAGUGUCUGUCGGAGAUGACCGUCGACAUGACCUGGUGAUAGUCCACAGAGUCUUCUUCUGACACCAAGGAUGGAGGUCUGGAAGGACAGCCAGCUGGCCGUUGCACCACAUUUGGGUCGUGUUCACUAGGCACAAAACAGAAGAGAAUGGACCGAAUUGGGGAGGUGCUAUCAGAACUUGUCGAAUUAAAAAUGCUUGUUUUUGCCAUCCGUCACACAAAGUUUUGCUACAGUGUGCUCUAAUGAGGAGUUAGUUUCACUCCACCCUGUUUUUUGGCUAGUUGGUCGUUUCGAUUCAAACUCCAGUGGUAUCUAUCCCCCUGUGAUGGACGGCGGGUGCAGACAACGGUAAAAUACAGUAUCUGAUUCUGAUUCGGUAAAAUACAGUAUCUGAUUCUGAUUCGGUAAAAUACAGUAUCUGAUUCUGAUUCGGUAAAAUACAGUAUCUGAUUCUGAUUCGGUAAAAUACAGUAUCUGAUUCUGAUUCGGUAAAAUACAGUAUCUGAUUCUACUGAUCAUCUAGUCUUCAGUCGUGGGUUUAAUUUGUGUUACUGUUGGCUGGAGCAAAAACCCAUCUUUACACUUUGUAAGAUUUACUGACUUACUGUCCCACCUCCGCCCCUUUUCCCACCAACCUAUCAUCAUGCACUACAAGGUUGGAAUCAUAGAGAUGGAUAGAGGGCACACCUGCCACUAAGCAUUUACGAGGUGUACCUCUUCCCAUCGCUAUGGUUGGAAACAAUCUCUGAUGUGUCCCAUAUUGCUUCAUUCAGAUCCACAUUUUGUUCUCUCCUCCGCUCCUAACUGCAUAUGCUGCCAUAGAAGUAGAAUGAAUAGAACGGGCGUCCCCAUUCAAGUCAACAAAGGUAUAAUGGGUGGACUGGUGGCCAAAGCGAGGAGCAAAGCAGGAAGUGUACCCUGUAUAAGUAGUUGCCAUGGUGCCCUGGUAGCCUAAGCAGAGAGCUCCUGUAAAUACUGCUUUCAGAAAUUCUUCUCACCCCUUUUACUUUUUCCACAUUUUGUGUUACAGCCUGAAUUUAAAAUGGAUUAAAUUGAGAUUUUUUUUGUCACUGGCCUACACUCAACACCCCAUAAUGUCACAAUACCCCAUAAGUGGAAUUAUGUUUUUUAAUUUUAUUUGACAAAUUAAUGAAAAGCUGAAAUGUCUUUAGUCAAUAAUUAUUCAACCUCUUUGUUAUGGCAAGAGCCUAAAUAAGUUCAAGAGUAAAAAUGUGCUUAACAAGUAACUUAUGUUGCAUGGACUCACUUUGUGUGCAAAAAGUGUUUUAAUUAGAUUUUUAAAUGACGACCCCAUCUCUGUACCCCACACACACAAAUCAAAUUAAACACUUAUCUGUCAGGUC